GGCGAAGCCUGGAUUUUGAUCUAUGUUCUGCUCACAUCCUGCUGCCUGAGAGUACUUGAUGAUCCCAUGACCCUGGACAUGGAUGCUGUCCUGUCGGAUUUUGUCCGUUCCACAGGUGCAGAGCCAGGGCUGGCCCGAGAUCUUCUGGAAGGAAAAAACUGGGAUGUGAGUGCUGCCCUCAGUGAUUUUGAACAGCUACGUCAAGUCCAUGCUGGGAACCUGUCCCCACCCUUUAGUGGAGGGAUUAGUUGCUCUAAGACCCCCGAAAAAGGGUGUGCUGAUAGAGAGCCCACUCGCCCUUCUCGACCAAUCCUACAGAGACAGGAUGACAUCAUUCAAGAAAAACGCCUGUCUAGGGGCAUCUCCCACGCCAGUUCCAGCAUUGUUUCCCUGGCCCGGUCCCAUGUCUCCUCCAAUGGUGGGGGUGGGGGGAGCAGUGAGCACCCCCUGGAAAUGCCCAUCUGUGCCUUCCAGCUUCCAGAUCUGACUGUGUACAAGGAAGAUUUCCGGAGCUUCAUAGAGAGGGACCUCAUUGAGCAGUCCAUGCUGGUCGCCUUGGAACAGGCAGGGCGUUUAAAUUGGUGGGUCAGUGUGGACUCCGCCUGUCAGAGGCUGCUUCCUUUAGCAACUACUGGAGAUGGGAACUGCCUGCUGCAUGCAGCCUCUCUUGGGAUGUGGGGUUUCCACGACAGAGACCUGGUGCUGAGGAAAGCUCUGUAUGCGCUGAUGGAGAAGGGUGUCGAGAAGGAGGCAUUGAAAAGGCGCUGGAGGUGGCAGCAGACACAGCAGAAUAAAGAGUCAGGACUGGUGUAUACCGAAGAUGAAUGGCAGAAGGAAUGGAAUGAAUUGAUCAAGCUUGCCUCAAGUGAACCCAGAAUGCAUCUAGGUACCAAUGGAGCCUGUGGUGGUGGAGUGGAGAGUUCCGAGGAGCCGGUGUAUGAGAGCCUGGAGGAAUUCCACGUCUUUGUCCUUGCUCAUGUGCUCAAGAGGCCCAUCGUGGUCGUAGCAGACACCAUGCUGAGGGACUCUGGAGGGGAAGCAUUUGCCCCUAUUCCGUUUGGAGGGAUCUACCUCCCAUUGGAGGUCCCCGCUAGCCAGUGCCACCGAUCCCCUCUGGUGCUCGCCUAUGACCAGGCCCACUUCUCUGCGCUUGUGUCCAUGGAGCAGAAGGACAGUGCCAAGGAACAAGCCGUGAUCCCGCUCACAGAUUCAGAGCAUAAGCUGCUGCCCCUGCACUUUGCUGUGGACCCAGGAAAGGGCUGGGAGUGGGGCAAAGAUGACAGUGACAAUGUUCGACUGGCCAGUGUAACUCUGUCCCUGGAGGUCAAAUUACAUCUGCUGCAUAUCUAUAUGAAUGUGAAGUGGAUCCCGCUGUCAUCUGACGCACAGGCUCCUCUGGCCCAGCCUGAGUCCCCCACAGCCUCAGCUGGAGACGAGCCCAGGUCCACUCCUGAGUCUGGGGAAUCGGACAAGGAGUCAGUUGGCAGCAGUUCUACAGGCAAUGAGGGCAACAGGCAGAAGGAGAAGUCAAAGCGAGACAGAGAGAAGGACAAGAAGAGAGCAGACUCUGUGGCUAACAAACUGGGCAGCUUUGGCAAAACCCUGGGUAGCAAGCUUAAGAAGAACAUGGGGGGCCUGAUGCACAGCAAGAGCCCCAAGCCUGGAGGGCUGGGGAGUGGGUCUGGAAUGAGCAGUGGUGCGGAAACACUGGAGAAGAAAAAGAAGAACAACAAUUCGUUGAAGAGCUGGAAAGGCAGCAAGGAGGAGGCAGCUGGGGAUGGGCCGGCGUCGGAGAAGCCCUCGUCUGAGUCUGUUGGCAAUGGAGGGAGCAAGUAUAGCCAGGAGGUGAUGCAAAGCCUGAGCAUUAUGAGGGUCGCAAUGCAAGGGGAGGGCAAAUUUAUUUUUGUUGGAACCCUGAAGAUGGGCCACCGGCACCAAUAUCAGGAGGAGAUGAUCCAGCGCUACCUUGCAGAUGCUGAGGAGAGAUUCCUGGCAGAGCAGAAGCAGAAGGAAGCUGAAAGGAAGAUCAUGAAUGGAGGGUUAGUUAGUGGGCCUCCUCCAGCCAAAAAGCCAGAGCCAGAUGGUGGAGAGGACCAGCCCAGUGACUCCCCAGCAGAGUCCAAGGCACUGGCAUUCUCUACUGGUUACCCUGGGGGCUUUACUAUCCCUCGACCCAGUGGCGGUGGAGUCCACUGCCAGGAGCCCCGGAGGCAGUUGGCAGGGGGUCCAUGUGUAGGCGGCCUUCCACCAUAUGCCACCUUCCCCAGACAGUACCCUCCGGGGCGACCCUACCCCCACCAGGACAACAUCCCAUCUCUGGAGCCAGGCAAAGAUGGAGUUCACAGGGGUGCCUUGUUACCACCCCAGUUCCGUGUGGCUGAUUCCUAUAGCAACGGCUACAGAGAGCCCCCUGAGCCAGAUGGAUGGGCUGGAGGUCCCCGGGGGAUUCCCCCAACCCAGACCAAAUGCAAACAACCGAACUGCAGCUUCUAUGGACACCCCGAGACAAACAACUUCUGCUCUUGCUGUUACAGGGAAGAACUGAGGAGGCGGGAACGGGAGCCCGGUGGGGAACUGCUGCACAGGUUCUGAAUGGUAGAACCUCAGCCGGGAAGGGGCUAAACAAAGAACGUUAACCUCACCUCUGGCUCAUCAAGACCCAGCCCCUGUAGUGAUGGGGCAAGUGCAGGAAUGUUUGUGGGAGCUGGAGAGCUGGCAGACUAGAGAGAGCAGGACAGGGCUAGUACUACCUCCUUUACUCACACAGAGUUUGACUGGAGACUACACGACAGAAGGGGAAGACUGUGUCCUAACGUCUUGCGGCCCGGUCCCAGGGCCCAAGGGAAAGUAGGAAAAUAAUUGGUGUGUGUGGGUGGGAGGUGGGUGGAAUCUUGAGGGAGGAGCCUGGAAAUAAGGUUCUCAGUCAGCUAAGAAAAAAAUAGACCAAAGUUCAUUGACUUUAGAAAAAAAAAGCACACGGUGGUGGAGUUGGGAGUAUAGUGCGAAUCUGAGAUAUUGAGCAAUUUUGAUCUUGGUUUGAACUAGGUAGAUGUCAGGCUUGGGUAAAUUCUCCUUCCGGAGGGGUCAGGCAGUGUGUGCCUGGCCUAGUUAGGGUAUUUUAAACCCCAGUGAGUGAAAUAGGAGAGGGAGGAACUUGAAGGGGGGAUUCUUUGUCCUAGUAAGUUUUAUGUUCUUCUAGAUAGUCAUCUGUCAUCCAUCCUAGUGUUAGAGGAGAUUGCCUGUUGCCCCCAUAUUUUUCUCCUUUUUGAGGACUGAGCUCAGCUAAGAAGUUGUGAUUUUAAAAAAGUUUUUAAGAGCAAGUCCUCUUUGGGAGAGAGAAGGGUGGUAAGAGCAGCCUCGUGUGUGGGGCUCUCUUCAAGUGGGUGGAUGCAGAGUGAUGUUUUUAACUACUUAGCAAUAACUACAUGUGGGGUUUGAGUGCACUGAAGAGGGCGGAGGAAGGCCAGAAGCUCGGCCAGACUGUUUGAAACAAUACCAAAAACCUAUAUAGAACACUCCUCUGCUGCUGCAUUUCUGUAGAAAGCAACUUAUUUUACUGACUAAUUUUUUAAAGGAAAAGAAAUAAGACCCUGACCAAAAAAAAAUUAAAAAUUACUUACUCCCCACCCCCAUUUAAGUGAUUUUUUUUUUCUCCUUCCUGUCUACUUCUGGAGAAUGAACUUAACAUCCUGGCUUCUUUUGUUAAGCCAUAGCUGACCUUAAUCUAUGGUUAGUUUAUUAAAAUAAUAAAAAUACUUUGUAAGAAGAAUUAUUUUUGAUAUUAGGGCUGGUGUUGAAGCAUGGGAUGGGGCUAGGGGCCAUUUAUAAAGAUAGCUAGAGAAAUAUAUUUUAGUGAACCAUAGCCACAGGCCCAGAUUAGUCCCAGGGGGCUGAUCUGCCUUGGAAUUCCUCCCUUUUCCUGAGCCAACCCUGUUCUCCAGAGGGGUGGGAGUGACCCCAGUGCUGAGAGCUCCCUUGCAGUUUGCACAAAGCACAAGUCUGGACAGCUUAUGCUCUGACCAGAGCCAUUUCUAAGAGCUUUAACCAGAGGACUGUCCUUCACCAAUUGUCCUUUGUCCUGGGGGGAAAAUCAUCUAUGCAAUUGUGUGUACUUGUGGCUGCAUAUGAAGAAGGGUGUGAGUGUGCUUACUUGUUCAGAGUGUUAACUGGGGCAUUUCUGUCUGUGUGCUGUUUUCUUUGCUGGGGUAUGUCAUCACCUACUAAUGGAAUGUGAUCCCCACAUUUGAUCUAAGUCACAAAUGGCACUCUGUGUGUAUGUGUGUGUGUGUGGUGUGUGUGUGUGUGUGUGUGUGUGUGUGUGUGUGUGUGUGUGUGUGUGUGUGCUCGAGCUCGUGUGAUUGGGGGACUCCUGUCUGCAUGUUUCUUCUGCCUAGUCAGGAAAAUGGUCACACACCUCCCCUUGGUAACAAAGCUAGUUAAGAAUUCCUCAUUGAAAGUAAUGCACUUCAUAUCUGCCAGUCUGUUGAUUUUGUGAUUUCCCAUCAUUAUUUGUAGACAAUUUUUUGUUUGUUUCUUUGCUGUGAAGCCCUGGCUGGCCAGCCUGGUACUUGCUAUAUAGCCCAGGCUAGCCUCCAACUUAUAGCCACCCUCCUGCCUUAGUCUUUUGAAUUGUGGGAUCUAAGUGUGAGUCACCACACCCAGGUUUCUUUAGGCUGGAACUUAAUAUGAGACAAGUGUUUCUGGCAGGUGUCUAAUUUAAAGGUCUAUCCAGAAAUUGAAGGCUUUUUUUUGUUUUUGUUUUUCUUAGUUGGGUCCUAUUCUGUAACCUAGGCUGGCCUCAAAUGUAUGACCAUCUUGCUUCAGCUUCCCAAGUGCUGGGAUCAUACCACCAAGAUACAAACAUCAUAUAAAAAACCCAGAGUGACCAACAACAUCAAAAUCUUGGGAUAAAACAGGAAUGGUAUUAAGGUGAAAGAAGUGAGCCCCAAAUUGAACAAGUAUGAGGACAAAUCCUGUCUAUUUACAUUUUGCUAUGUUCAUAAAGUUUGUUCUUUUUUUUCAUUUUUUGAUUUUUAAAAAAUAUUGCAUCAAGAUAGUAUUUAUCAUGAUUCAUGUGUUUUAAGCACUCCUUCAGUUUUUCUCCCAAGGUGAAUGAAUGCCUUGUGCCUUGUUCUCAUCACCUUAGACUUGUCCCAGUUUCUGGAGUUGGAAUGACACUGGUGAAACCCGCACCAGAUGAGCCCCCUCCCUUCCUGACACUGCAGACUCCCUGGUGUGUGGUCUGCACUGCCCAAUCGUUCUGUUCUCCCUUAGCCUACAUGGAUGCCUGCCUAGCUGGGUAGGAAGGAGACGCUGGGCAGGGAGGGGGUUUCCUAUAGAAUAAAAUCAGGGAGGUUGCUCUCCACUGAACGCUGUGUUUGGACUUGAUUUGUUACUCGAUUGUAUUUACUACUCUCUUGUUUUUAAAAAAACAAAAACAAACAAAAAAAACUGAGGACAAAUGAAGAGACACAGAAACCUUGUAUCAUGUUUGUUUGUAUUUAUAUGUCGCCCAAUCUUAAUGUUUGCCUUUUCAAAGCAAAAAUAAAAGGAAGUUCCCAGGGAAGGGAAUCCUAAGAUCAUGUGGGAAAAUAUGUCGUAGGCCCUUUAACUUUUUAUUAAAUUAGUUUUAUUUGGGAGGGUGACUAUUAAGGCACCAAAAGGCCUCUCCAUUCUAAGGAUGAGGUACUCUGAGACAACGUUUUGGUUUUUUUUUUUUUUUUUUUUUUUUUUUAAAUAAGGGAUAGUGAAGAUCAGCUUGUAUUUUGGAAUAGACAAGCCCAUGCAAUCACUGUGGUGAGGACAAGUGAGGGAGGGCUAUGUGGGGAGCAUUCAAAUGAGUAAAACCGCCAACGAGGGUCAUGUGAGUGACAGGGAGGCAGUCCCUGUAUCCCUAGGUGAGGCAUGGCCUCAUCUCUCAGGCUUUACAUUUAAGUGCAAUUACUCAUGUUAAUGCAGGGCAUUUGGGGUCCUACUGAAGUGUGAUGGAGAGAGGAGAUAUUCAGGGUUCUUAUUUUUCUCCUUUCCACUUAACAUGGUUACACUCCCUCCACCCUGCAUUCUCUGCCCUGUCCCCAACUUACAGCAAAUACACUAGAGGCCUGGCCUCCAAAUCCCUCCUCUUAACUCAUGCUGGUUUAAUUGAGAAUGCAAAAGAUUUUCCUCAUACUGUGUUUUAUAAAUAAUAUAAAUUAUGUCUUUUUAUUUAGUUUUUAAGAUGCAAUUUCUAGGAGUGGGGGGUGGUGUUAAGCUCCCUGCCGUGCCUUAAAAUAGAAGUACCUUCCCUCACGAUAGGCUUCCACAGUCCACAGACCAAUAAAGCAAGAAUUACCAUGACUUUAUAUUGUACACUUGGGAGGUGAACCUGUACACUUGGGAGGUGAACCUGAGCCCAGAAAAUGGAGCGGAUUCUCUGAGAUCCGGCUCUCUUUCUUCAGUCGCAUGCCCAACUUCCCAGGCACUUUGUUUUCCCUUCAGUAAUGGAGCAUUGGGAAAUAAUUGUCUGUGAGUUACUCAGACAUCUCUGGACUGUGCCCUCUUUUUCCAAGGGGGCAAUACCCACCAUAUAGCCAUACGUGAGAACAGAAUUGGAAGCCAUUUUCUGGCUUAGAAACACGUACACCCCAGAGUCUUAAAAUUUUCAUCUUUCCAUCUCCCACUGCAGAUUCAAUGAGUCAGAGGCACUCUGUCCCUUUUAAUAAUAUUUUGCAGAUAUCCAGUUGCAAAUUAGGGUGAUUGCCCCCUGUUCUUAAGCUGAUUAUCAUGCUUCUAUGUAAAAUUCCUGCGCCCCCUCCCUCCAUUGGCUACGCGGGUUGGGGCAGCAGAAGUGAUGGAAGCUGUCUAAGGAGUGGGGUGGGAAGGACCUUGGCCUCUUUCGGUGUUUAUAACUGGAUCUGUGAUUCAUCGCGUGAGUCACUCAGCCCCACCUCCCUCCCCCGGCUGCCCCUCCCAGCAGUCCUUGCUCCUGGAACAAACCUGUAACCAAAACAGGGGUCUGAAAAUGGAAAAAUCUGAUACAGCUUUUUGCUUCUCUAUCCCUUUCCAUCCAGUGGACAUUUGGGUUUGUGCUGCAGGUGGGGAGUCUUCCUGUUACCUAACCCUCGGUUGCUAGCCCUUUGCAUUUCCAGUUGGGUGAUGAUCCAAAUCACCCGAUUUAUUUCUCUGAUUUCUCCCAGUUCUGACCAUUGCUUCCUCUGUAGUCUGCUGUUCCCAUACCUCGAGGUAUUAAAGAACAGAAUAAGGCCUCUCCGAAGACUGGUGGGGUGAAGAAAAGAGGAUCAUGGGAUUUUAAAUCUUCGGGGCACACCUUUUCGUAUGCUGCUUCCUUAUUACAGGCCCUACUUUAUUCCACAAGACAUCGAGGUGUGUGGUGUGGUGAUGGGGUUCGGCAGCCUUUUGGACUUCUACAGUCAGGCUUGUGGGCCCCCUUGCUAGCAAGUACAUACCUGUUUGUUCCAGACUGACUCUGCUCGUGCUAGCUUCACUAUUUCCACAGUUGCAGCCAACACAGGGAACUUUGGAAGCUGAGGCUGGAAGGAUGUGUGCUUGGGGAAGGGAGUAUUGAAUGUCACAGCCCCCACCUAAGGAUUGCUGCCUCUGUACAGACUCAAGAACAAUAAAACAGCAGCUCAUUAACACCUA